AGCACAGUGGAGUGGAGCUAACGCCUGUGGUGGGUCCCUGAAGGAGGAGCUAAGGGCUCGGGGCUCAGGGUGGAAGCCCUGGGCCUGCUGUGCUGACCAGAACUGGGAAGCUAAUUUAUUGUUAGUAGUCUGGGCGGCGGGUGUCAAAGGCCAGGGCAGGCUAAGCCUCCCCCGACCCAGGCCAUAGCCCCACCCAUGUUCCGCCCCGAGGCCCUGCCCUCACUCCCCCUCUACCCGGAAGCCUGGGGCGGAUGGGGCGAGGCUGGUGGGCCAGCCUCCCCGAAGGAGGGGUUCACCCACCGCCCAGGGUUAGUGGCACCUACUUGCCGUGAUCCCGUCAGACGCAGUAUCACCAGACGUGCUUCAUUACAAUACUGUUUCCCUGUCCCUGGCAGAGGGGGGAGACAACAUGGAAUAGCAUCACUGGAUUUCAGCCGGCGCACCAUGCCCUCUCCCAACAACACCCACUUCAGCCCUUCCUCCUUCGUCUUGGCCGGCAUGCCCGGGCUGGAAGCUGCCCGUUUCUGGCUGGCGAUCCCUCUGUGCUCCAUGUACCUCGUGGCCAUUGUAGGCAACGGCGCGGUGGUGUUCAUUGUAAAGACGGAGCUGAGCCUCCAUGCCCCCAUGUACAUCUUCCUCUGUAUGCUGGCUGCCAUCGACCUGGCGCUGUCCACCUGCACCAUGCCCAGAAUGCUCUCCCUCCUGUGGUUUGACUGGAGGGAAAUCAGCUUCGGUGCCUGCCUGCUCCAGAUGUUCCUCAUCCACACCCUGUCCGCUGUCGAGUCCACCGUCCUGCUGGCCAUGGCCUGGGAUCGGUACAUGGCCAUAUGCCACCCUCUGCGGCACGCGACCAUCCUCACCAAUCCGGUGACGACGAAGAUAGGCCUGGCCGCUGUGGCUAGGGGCGUGUUGUUCUUCCUCCCUUUGCCCUUGCUCAUUCUUCGCCUAUCGUUCUGCAGCUCCAACGUCCUGUCGCACUCCUAUUGUUUGCACCAGGACGUUAUGAACCUGGCCUGCACCAGCACCACGGUCAAUGUCGUCUAUGGCUUGACUGCUAUUCUCUUGGUGAUGGGGCUCGAUGCGCUACUGAUUGCCUUGUCCUACUUCAUGAUCAUCAAGGCUGUCUUGCAGCUGUCCUCGAGGAAGGAGCGUGUCAAGGCUUUCAGCACCUGUGUGGCCCACCUCUGUGUGGUCCUGGGCUUCUACGUGCCACUGAUUGGACUGUCUGUGGUGCACAGGUUUGGGAAAGGCCUUGCUCUGCUGGUUCAGGUUGUCAUGGGGGACGUCUACCUCUUGGUGCCGCCCGUGCUGAAUCCCAUUGUCUACGGGGCGAGGACCAAACAGAUACGCAGACGGAUCCUGAGGUGGAUUCUCCAUCACUGACCAUUUUUAAAUCAAGAUGAGAUAUUUUCCUAAAAGACCUGCUCUGGGAAUAAUUCUGGAGCAGGUCCCUGGCCUAUGCUACACAGGAGGUCAGACUAGAUGAUCACAACAGUCCCUUCUGGCCUGGGAAUCCAUGAAUCUGUAACUUAAGAUUGAUAAUGAAGGAGCCACUCAGACACUUGCCUCCACUUUGUCUUC